AUGGAGUCCCUUAAGACAUUGCUGGUUGCCAACCGUGGCGAGAUAGCUGUCCGAAUUCUGAAGACCGCAAAGAGGUUAAACCUGCGAACUAUUGCUGUUUAUACUGAGCCAGAUGCUGCCUCCACCCAUGUUCAUCUAGCAGACGAAGCGUUCCUGCUCGAGGGUCCGCCUUCAAAGGCGUAUAUUGAUGGGGACCAAAUCAUUGAAAUAGCCAAAAGUAGCCAAGUGAAUGCUAUCAUCCCUGGAUACGGCUUUCUGUCGGAGAACGCGGACUUUGCAAGAGCUGUUGCCAGAGCGGGUAUGGUUUUUGCUGGUCCAUCGCCAGAAAGUAUCGAAGCAUUUGGGUUGAAGCACACGGCGCGCGAGCUAGCUAGAAAGGCUGGGGUACCUAUUGUACCCGGAUCAAUAGGAUUAGUGACAAGUGAAGAUGAGGCUGUGGAGGUGGCCAAAACCCUAGGGUUUCCGGUUAUGCUUAAAGCUACCGCAGGCGGCGGCGGCAUGGGUCUAAUCACAUGCGGCUCUGAAGACGAAGUACGUGAGUCGUUCGCUACCGUGCGUUCCAGAGGCGAGGCAUUGUUUAAGAAUGCUGGAAUGUUCAUUGAACGAUACUAUCCGUCUAGUCACCACAUCGAAAUCCAAGUUUUUGGCAACGGGGAUGGCAAGGCCAUCGCUAUCGGAGAACGUGAAUGUUCCAUACAGAGAAGACACCAAAAAGUUAUUGAAGAGUGCCCAAGUCCAUUCGUCACAAGGAAUCCUGGACUCCGAGGAAGCUUGAGUGACGCUGCUGUUCGUCUUGCGGAGUCUAUCAACUAUAGCUCGGCUGGAACGAUUGAAUACCUUGUCGACGAUGAGUCUGGCGCAUUCUUUUUUCUUGAAAUGAAUACCCGACUUCAAGUUGAGCAUGGAAUCACAGAACUAUGCUAUGGAGUCGAUUUGGUAGAGCUUAUGUUGAGACAGGCGGAUGCUGACCUUUCGGGAAGGAAGGGACUUGAGGCAGCCUUUCUUACAAGUAUUCCCGUAGAUGGUCCUUCAGGUUUUGCUAUAGAGGCUAGAGUAUACGCUGAGAACCCGACAAAAGACUUUGCCCCUUGCCCUGGAACGUUGCAAAGCGUAGAGUGGAAGGAGUUACCAGGAUCGAGGGUUGACACAUGGGUAUACCGGGGUAUCAAAGUAUCAGCACAUUAUGAUCCUUUGCUUGCGAAAGUCAUGUUCCAUUCUCCAAGCAGACAGAAAACCAUCGAGGGAAUGAAGACGAUAUUAACGCAAUCGCGGAUUUGUGGACCGCCAACAAACUUGGAGUUUCUGGCUGAGAUACUCACCGAUGAGAGGUUCGUGGCCGGAAACACUCAAACCAGGUUCUUGAACGAUUUCCAAUAUUCCCUGUCUGCUAUUGAUGUAGUGUCUGGUGGCGCUUACACACUCAUUGAGGACUGGCCUGGCCGUCCAACUCUGGGCAAAGGGUUCUGUCAAUCUGGUCCAAUGGAUCCUUUAGCGUUCCGUAUUGCAAACGCACUUGUUGGAAAUCCUGUCGGAUUAGAGGCACUCGAGAUAACUCUAAGUGGCCCAGAACUACGCUUUCUAGGACCUGCAAUUAUCUCCCUGUGUGGAGCACCCAUCCAAGCCAGCCUUGACGACGUUCCUGUUCGCAUGUGGUCAAGGAUUAGAGUAUCAGCGGGCCAACGAUUGAAGAUUGGAAAAACCACUGGGAAUGGCUGCAGAGCUUAUCUAGCGGUCUUUGGAGGCUUCUUGAACAUCGCCGAAUGGUUCGGGUCAAAGUCUACAUCUCCAAUGGUGGGCGUCGGAGGCUAUCAGGGUCGUCAGCUUGCAUCUGGCGACCUACUAUCUAUAACUAGCGAGAUACCUGAUACUCAUGGCAGUCUCUGUUUACCAGAGCAUCUUAUUCCCAAGUACCCUGAUCAUUGGGAACUCCUGUCUAUGCCGGGACCUUACGAUGAAGGCUACCUUGCUCCUGAGAGUAUUGACAUGCUAUACGAAACAGAAUGGAAAAUCUCUCACAAUGCAGCAAGAGGUGGCAUUCGACUUCUUGGACCGAAGCCGAAGUGGGCUCGCUCGGAUGGAGGGGAGGGUGGUGCCCAUCCGUCUAAUCUGAUAGAGUACGGUUAUGCUAUUGGCUCACUUAACUGGACAGGCGAUGACCCUGUCAUCUUCCCACAGGAUGCCCCAGACUUUGGUGGGUUCAUCAGUAGCCACACGAUUGUUAGGGCGGACCUGUGGAAGCUAGGACAGGUGAAAGCUGGCGACACGCUCAAAUACAGAGCCACUUCUUUGGGAGAUGCCCAAGCGGCACGCAAACGUGUAGAGAAAUUUGUCAGUGAAGUUGUCAAAUGCAGCUAUGAAGGAGGCAAUUUCGGUGACAUAGCCCCUUUGAAGGAUAGCCAUCCCCCAGCGCUGACGGCAGAGACUCGUGGUACCGGCGUUGUUCACCAGAUUCCCGAGCAAGGAAACCAACCACUCGUUAACUAUCGACAGGCGGGUGAUGACUACAUCUUGAUUGACUAUGGCACAGGGACUUUCGACUUGAACCAUCGCUGUAGAGUUACUGCCCUAAAGAAAAUCCUAAACGAAAGCAAUGGGAAUAUCGCAUUUUCCAAUGGAUUGAUAUCAAUGAUUGGAUGUGGAAAUUCCUUGAUGCUCUACUACGAUGGCGCGAAAGUUCCUCAGCAGAACCUCAUCGCCUACCUCUGUGACAUUGAGGCCAAACUCGGUGAUCUGAGCGAAGCAAAGAUGCCUAGCCGACUAUUCAAACUCCCACUCACAUUCGAAAGCCAGCGACAAAAGGAUGCAAUUGAAAGAUACAUGGAAACACAGCGUCCUUACGCCGCCUAUCUCCCAGACAACAUGAAAUUUGUCGCAGAGAACAACGCCUUUACAAAAGAGGAAGUACAAAACAUCUAUCUAAACGCAAGUUUAAUGGUCGUAUCCGUUGGAUUCUUCACAGCCCUCCCCCUAGCCCUCCCCGUCGAUCCGCGCCAACGAAUGAACUGCCCGAAGAUGAAUCCCAGCAGAGUCUACACGCCCGCAGGCUCUGUAUCCUGGGGUGGUAGCUGUAUGGCACUGUACAACGUCGACUCUCCCGGCGGCUACCAAAUGACCGGCAUGACAAUCCCGGGCGUCGAUAUCCUGGGAUCCAAGAAGGGCUACACACCUGAUAAACCAUGGCUUUUUGAAGAAUUCGACCAAAUAACCUUCUACCGCGUUUCAGAAAGUGAGUACGAAAAGGAGCUAGCCCUAUUCAACAGCGGCAGAUACGAGUACAAGUGGGAAGAAGUGAUGUUCGACAUGGUAGAACACAACAAGCUCCUCCGCGACACGAAAGAGGAAGUAGCAGCUAUCCGAGCACGGCAGCGCAAGGCACAAGCUGAGAUGGACAAACUCGAGGCAGAAUUACUCGAACGGUGGGCAAAAGAGAAAGCGGAGAGGGGCGUCCCGGUGGAUGCAAUUGAGAGUUUGUUAAAAGAUCCUCAUAUUCUACCGGUAGAAGCGCCAUUGAAUGCUAAUAUAUGGAAAGUUGAAGUCAAACAGGGUGAAAAGCUCGACGAAGGGCAAGUUGUAGUUAUUUUGGAGGCGAUGAAACUUGAGAUCGCGGUACGGACAGAAGCGCUCGCCGCUGGGGCAACAGUGGAAAAGGUUUUGGUUCAGCCGGGCGAUUCUAUAGAAGCCGGGAAAGCUUUGGUGUUGGUAAGGAAGGCUUGA